CAGAGUGAGACCAACAAUCAACAAUGGGUUUAAUAAGCCACAUUAUUUCCUCAUUUUUGCUCUUGAUUUUGAUUUUCGGGGCUUCGGGUAGUUAUGGUCAGCUUACAUCUGAUUUCUACUCCACGACCUGCCCUAAUGUCACGAUCAUUGCUCGGGGCUUAAUCGAGCAAGCAAGCCGUGGCGACGUCAGACUCACUGCUAAAGUCAUGCGCCUUCACUUUCACGACUGUUUCGUGAAUGGGUGCGAUGGUUCGGUACUAUUGGAUGCUGCUCCGUCUGAUGGUGUAGAGGGUGAGAAGGAGGCUUUCCAAAACGCUGGCUCUCUUGAUGGAUUCGAUGUAAUCGAUGAUAUCAAAACUGCAGUCGAGAAUGUUUGCCCUGGAGUUGUCUCUUGUGCCGAUAUCCUCGCUAUCGCAGCUGAAAUCUCUGUCUCACUGGCCGGAGGACCGUCAUGGGACGUAUUGUUAGGGAGGAGAGAUGGUCGGACAGCAAACCGUGGAGACGCGGUAACUGCACUUCCACUAGGACCUGACUCUCUCGAGAUUCUUACCUCUAAGUUCUCAGUACAUAAUCUUGACACAACUGAUCUUGUCGCUUUAUCUGGUGCUCAUACUUUCGGGAGGGUUCAGUGUGGAGUGAUAACAAAUCGUCUACAUAAUUUCACUGGUAACAACGGACAGUCCGACCCAACUAUUGAACCGGAGUUCUUGCAAACGUUGAGACGGCAAUGCCCACAAGGCGGAAGUCUCACCGCGAGGAUCAAUCUUGAUGAUACGACCCCUGACUCGUUUGAUAACGACUAUUUCAAGAACCUUCAAAACAACCGUGGAGUCAUUGAAUCAGAUCAAAUCUUGUUCUCUUCGACAGGGUCACCUACUGUAUCUUUGGUGAAUAGUUUCGCAGAGAACCAAAGUGAGUUCUUUAGAAAUUUUGCGAGAUCGAUGAUCAAGAUGGGAAAUGUAAGGGUUCUCACAGGGACUGAAGGAGAGAUUCGUAGAGACUGUAGACGGGUCAACUAAUACGUUUUGCAUAAUUGCAGGUUCAAACUUGUUGUUAUUCAUGAAAUAAGUGGUAUUUAUUUGUGCUUUUUCAUAAAUGUUUUAUAUUCCGUUGAUUUUGUUUUACUAUUAAGGCUAAACAUGCCACUGUUAUUUAGAAAUGCUUCACGUUCUUUCUAUUGUAGUCUGUACAUCAUCUUCUAAAAC